AGAGCACGGGAGAGAGAGGAAAAGUUGGAUUCGAUUCGACUCAGGUUCUUCCGUCCUCUUUCGUUUUCUCUCCCUUCGAGGGAAAACUCUCUCGAAAGAGAAAAAAAGUUGAUUUUCUCUCUUCCCCAUCACACAGCAAAGUUUGAGGUGCGUGUGUUUUUGUGUGUUUGCAUACGCGCAUCUUCUCUUUGCUCCGGUUGUCUCACUUUUGCAGCACGUUUUGUGUUCUUGAAAGGGAAGCAUCACACCAAAUCCAUUUUCCCAGAACUUGGGCACCCUGCGGACUUGUUUCUGGCACUCGCGACGGUUCUUCCGCUGACUUCUUUUAUUGUUUGUUUUGCUCCUUCGUCUUUUUUUCUCGUUGGAUACCGUGUUUCUUGUCGUACUGCGUCAUUUUUGACUUUGCUAAUAAUAAUAAUCCUUCACGAUUCGUGUUUUCGACACUUAAAACCACAACACCGCUUUGCGUUCUCGAUCUCUACAGCAAGCCUUUCUUUUUUUUUCCCCGACAGUUUUUGUAUUUGUUCUCCAAUCCUGCGGACCUUCCCCCCUUCCUCCCCCCCCCCUCCUCGUUCCUUUCUUAAACAAACACAAACCCGUUAUCGUGCCUUAUCUGUUCCAUCAUUUCUUCUUCUUGGUUUCUCUGGCCUCCGCUUAUCGGCUUCGUGUUCUGUUUUCCCUGUUCCAGCCUUCUUCGUCUUACCUUAAAACUCUACCUUAACGCCUCACCCUUUUUUUUUUCGUCCGUUUUGGCCCAGUAAUGCGUUGUGUCGCGUCACGCUUUCUCUUCGUGUCUGUUGCUUUUUUGUUUUUCCUGGUUUGCUGUAGACAACAUGGACUCGACGUUGAGCAAGGACUUGGGGUCAACGCGGUCCGUGCACUCGUACGACCGGCACAUCAGCAGCCAGCGCACGUCGUCCUCGUUCGUUACGAUCAAUGAAAAGCGGUCCUGGCGACCUCCGCCUUACAUCUUUCAGCCGGUGCUGGACUACAUGCCAAACUCGGCCCCGCUAGCGCUUGCAGCCGCGAACCCGUUUCUCCGCCUGUACGUCGAACGAAACGAAAACAAUGGCGGCUUUCUGUUGGAUGGCUACCAAGUCACCCCAUUUUCUACGGAAAUGGGUAGAUCCGCAUGGGACGGUGGUGGGGGUAGAGGUGGAGCGGCAGGCGUUCGCAACGAGGGCGGGGAAGCAUGGGGGCCUGACCCGUUCGAAGCAGACGGCGAUGUGGGCGCCUGCGGGCCUGGUGUGUACAAUGGCCCCUAUAAGGGCACCAGUGGCCUGGUCGUGGAGGAGGAUGAAGUGGGCAACGGGUGGGCAGGGGAAGACGAGCGGAGCGUCUGCGAGGAGCCCUAUACCCCCCUCACGAGCACCGACGGCAGCGGCGGCGGCAACGGGGUGCAUCUUGCACCUUUUUACAUACACGGAUUCGAGCCGCUGCAAGGUGUUAGUCCGUUCUCUAGUCAUCAUUAUCCGUCCGUUGGUGUGGAUCGAGUGGUGCCAGUCUCUACGCAGGCGGUGAGUCUGUCGAUGAAAUCAAAUGCACCGUUUGCUGCCGAUGUGCGAGAUCGCGGCUGCCUGCAGGAGUGCUGGCUCGGCGCCGCCGCGGAGCUCUCGCUCUGUGUGAGCAUCGUGUGCAAGUCCGAUGCGGCGUUGCACUUCGCCACCCUCGGCGCGUGGUGGCUCUCACGUUACUACGGUGUUUCACUGCGACUGCACCACAUGCAUCCGGCACAACUGCCUGCGUUCAAGAAGGUGCAACAGUCGCUUUUUAUUAAAGAGCUACAGUUUGAAUACUGCGUCUUUUCCGAGGAUUUUCUGCAGUGCAUCUCGACUUCGGUUGACUUGCUCUCGCUGUCCAUCAUUUCCUGUUCAACGUCGCAGGAGGUGACGCUGCGAUGCAUCGACUCGAUUUUACGUAAAAGCGGCAGCGAAUCGAAGGGCGGUGCGCUUGCACAUACAAGGGAAAGGACAAGCCCUCUCCGUUACGGUAUACCCCCCACACCGGGCGAUCAUACUUCCGGAAGUCAAGAAAACAAUGCAGGCUCAUCCGCAACCACUGCUGCGGCGGAGUUCCGCCGCGAGGUGACCAACUGGUAUCUCUCCGGUGUCCGAUCCCUUGGCUCUCUGCGCCGCCUACGCUGCUUGCACAUUCUCCACACCCCGCUGCACGAGACUUUCUUGCAGGCCAUCACCACGUGCACGUCGCUUGAGUGCCUCAUGCUGCAUCGCUGCCGCGGCGUCCGCUCCCUGGAGCCGCUGCAACGGCUCAGCCAGCUGCAGUCCCUCAGCCUGCACGGUCUCUCCAUCGCGGACGUCGACGUGCUCUCGCUCGGCGCGUUGCCCGCGCUGCGGCAGCUCGUACUCGACGAGUGCCGCAACAUCACCGAUCUCAGUUUCCUCGCCCCGCUGCGCCACACCCUGGAGAAGCUUUUUGUGCCGCGCACGCUUCUGUCGAACGUGAAUAUGCAACACAUCGGCCUGCUCGACAAGCUAGUGGAGUUAGAUGUGCACUCGCUGCGCCAGUUGACGGAGCUGGACGCGCUGAAGGAGCUGACCAGCCUGCGCGUACUCAAUGCGCGGGACAACCUCAUCACGAAUCACGGCUGCGCCAUGUUGAGCUGUAUGCCGAGUCUGCAGCGGCUUGAUUUGGCCUCGUGUCGCUGUCUCACGUCUCUAGCUGCGGUGAUCGGUCCAAGCAGCCGGUGGGCACAGCGUCUGCUUUCGCUGAACCUCUCGCAGACUGCCAUUACCGAUGAAGGACUGCGCGGCAUUGCAGAGUGCACCGAGUUGCGCUACCUCAACCUUUCCCAGUGCAGCGCUGUACAAGAGCUCUCGUUUCUGCACAAGAUGUCUUCCUUGCGUUGGUUGCACCUCGGUAGCACCAGCGUGACGGAAGCGGAGACGGACCGGCACUUACCCUCCGCGAGUGCGCUGCGCCUGCUGAGUCUGUGCUGCUGCGCGAAAAUCACCUCCCUCAAAUUUUCGGCCAAGCUGCCGCUGCUAGAGUAUCUGGAUGUUGAGUCGACUGGCGUGACGGAUGAGCAGCUGGUGCACCUCAGCCGGUGUCGCAAGCUCCGCUUCCUGUCCUUGCAACGCUGCAGCGCCAUCACGCGGCUGGACUCGUUGUCCGCGGUGCGCUCCUUGCUGGAGCUGAACGCGGCCAUGACCGCUGUAGGCAGCCGCGCUGGUAGGCAGGGCAGCCUCCACGCUGGCGACGGUGAAGGUCACCGCGCCGCGAGAAGCGCGUCUUCGUCGCUGACCUCGCUGUACGCAAUAACGCCCCCAACCAUUUCAGGGCUGUCGCCGCCGCUGCUUUUCUCCACCACCUCCGCGCCUUCGUCGCCAAACACGCCAUCCGAGGCUACAGCACCAACACCUCCAACUGCAGUAGCAGACACGCUGUGCUUCCCCUCUGUCCAGGUGCUACAUUUAAAUGGUUGCAGCCGCGUAGCGCGACUGGAGGGAAUCAUAAAAAACUUCCCCCAGCUGCGUGUCCUCUACGCCGACCGCAUCUCCAUCGCGGCACACCGCAGCAACGUCGGCGUCGGUUUCAUCGUCGCGGAGGCGCAGCGGCGCGCGCGACUUAACGUGAACAUCGAAGGAGACGCGGGAGACGACGAGGCGGGGGAGAACGGUGGUGGACGUGGGCAGCACAACGGCCCAGGAGCGACUAAGUCUGUAUCCCGCCUCGAUGAGGUGCUGCAGCAGUACGUGCCACAGCCGCCCGCGACGCCGCGACCGCGCACCGCACACGCCGUCGGUGCCCGCCCGUACCCGCCCCAUCAGCGCGGAGCGUCCUGUGGGGCGGAUGCGGCUCUGGUGGCGCGGGUGUCGGGUGACGCCGUUGGAGACUCGGCGCGGGUGCUUCGCCUCGUUCUCCGCCGCAGCUCGCCAAACGAUGCCAUGUUUGCCCACCUGUGUGCUCACUUCACCAGUGUCACGUCGCUUGAUUUGUCGAAGUGCGUCGGCAUACAGUCCCUACCCGGUAUUGGGAAGCUAUACGCGCUGAGGGAGCUCUUUCUCGCGCAGUCUUCUGUCGACAACGACGGCGUCCGCGCCGCGAGUGCGUGUGUUUCGUUGGAGGUGCUACGGCUGUCUGAGUGCCGCAAUGUGACGGACGUGAACUGUUUGGCAGUGCUGAGAAAGUUGCGUGCCCUGAGCAUCGAACGCGUGCAGGUGACGAACCACGGUUUUGAGGGUAUUGGCGAUUGUCGCUCUCUUCAGUUCCUCUCGUGCGCGGAGUGCCGGUACUUGUCUGACGUGAACACACUUGGUCGCCUUCAACGGCUGACGGAGCUGCAUUUGGAGUUGACGGACGUGCGCGACGCCGGCAUCCGCGGCCUGCUGAAGUGCACCGCGCUUCAACGCGUGUAUUUCACGCGUUGUCAACGGUUGACGACGGUCGGUGAGAUGCGCGCUGUACUACCGCAGCUGGAGGUGCUUGACGUCUACGGUACCUCGAUACCCACGCGCGUUGCCGGUCAAGGGCAGCAGUUUGCCUGUGCGCUGAUGUAA